AUGUCUACUGCGAAAGGAGUAUUUAACCAAAGAACAGAAAUAAAUGAUGAAUAUGUCCCCAAACCAACAACAGGACAAAGACAAAUGAAAUAUGGUCCACCAGGAGUUGGUGGUGUCGAUGUUGAAGAGCAGCCAAUCAACGUUUAUCAUCAAGAUGAACAUAUAGAAGGUAUAAGUGUAGAAGCAGAAAAUCGUAAUCUUAUUGAAUUAAAAUCCUUGUCUACGGAUUACGCUCGUAAAGAAAGUAAAGAGGGAACUGGUCCUCACUUCAAAACUCAGGCUGCGACCGCAGCUUCGGCGCUUGGAAAAUAUGCUGCGGCUAUCGGACAAGAGCGUUUAAAGAAUCCUACAGAAUUGCUCAGAGACCUUCCUCACAUUGAUAAUGUUGAUAAAAAAGCUUUACUUGACAGAUUGAAAAGAGAAGUUAAAGUUAGACAAUCUAAUGAAAUGAAUGAAAUGCUUAGAGAAGUUCGUGGUGGCGUUGCCUCUCAUGUACAAUCUGCUGCUAAAUUGGAACAAUUAAUUGAAAAUGCGUAA